CGGUUGAAUCCAAACCCGGGCAGGGGUGAGGCGAGCAUCGCCUACGAUUCAUCUGAGUCGCUUUGAAAGUCAUGGCCUCCUGCAUCCUAACUCAAGAAAUGUGUUUGGUAAUAUAUCCAUCACUUCUGACACUUCUACUUGGCGCUUUGAAGUGGCCUGCUAGGCGCUACAACUGGACCUCAAGUCACUUUCACUGUGAUCGUCCCCAUAUGCCUCGGUAUCUCGUUCAUUCCUUCGCCUUUUCACAUAUCUUUUGGCUUUCAUUUUGCUACUCUCCUUUUUAUCACGCAUUUGCCGUAACCCCAGGAUGGGUCUCUAAUAGCGGAGAAUACGGACGAGUAUCAACUCUACCCACGUGGCCGUCAGCGGAUGGUCCUACAAACAAUGAGUGGCUAUUGGCUGACAAGUCGAUGCAUACAUACAUUAUAUAUAUAUAUAUAUAUAUAUGCAUUCCUACCCAGCUAUUGAGAGAUAUGAAGACGCCGCGCUCCUGUCUAGAUCACUCUCGGCCUCGCUUUGGCCGAAUGGCGCGGCUAGGACGAAUCCAAAAGCAGAUACGUGGCGAGCUCUUCUCGGGCCACAGAUUCAUCCGCACUGAUGCCUCAUAA